UUCUGUUUGGAUCCCAAGAGUUUCUCCAAUGAGUGCUUUAAUCUUCCUACAGUGUGUCGAAUCUAAAAUCUUUAAUGGGGUUUUGAGGGAAAUUCCCAAGAAGUUGCUUACUAUGUUUUUUUUUUCUUAGCCUUUCUUGAAUGAAAACAUUUUCCCCGGAUGUUUUUGGGUGAUGUGUAUAUAUGUGUGUACUUCUCCCUCCAAUCAGAAUCCCUACUUGUAUUUAAUAAUGGUUCCUUUUCACCACAGACUUACAGUACGUACUAUGGUUUUGUCCUUUCCUGAAUAGUUUUCCCCUCAUUGGUUCUCUAAUGAUAUCCUCUUCAGUAGUACAAGGGGCUACGUCGGGCAUAGGGGCGGAGACGGCGAGAGUGAUGGCUAAAAGAGGGGUGAGAGUGAUCAUUCCGGCGAGGGACUUGAAGAAAGCAGGUGAAAUGAAGGAGAGAAUCCAGAAGGAGAGCCCAAAGGCUGAGGUUAUAGUGUUGGAGAUUGAUCUCAGCUCAUUUGCCUCCAUCAAGAGGUUCUGCUCUGAGUUCUUAUCUCUAGGACUCCCCCUACACAUCCUCAUAAACAAUGCAGGAAAGUUCUCUCACAAGUUGGAGUUUUCUGAAGACAAAAUUGAGAUGUCAUUUGCUACAAAUUACUUAGGGCAUUUUUUAUUAACAGAGUUGUUGAUAGAGAAGAUGGUAGAGACAGCAGCACAAACAGGCAUACAGGGAAGGAUAAUCAAUGUUUCUUCGGUAAUUCACAGCUGGGUGAAGAGAGAUGGCUUUCGUUUCAACCAGAUGCUUAACCCAAAAAACUACAAUGGCACUAGAGCCUAUGCACAGUCCAAACUAGCCAACAUAUUGCAUGCCAAGGAGCUGGCAAGACAGCUUAAGGCAAGAAAUGCAAGAGUGACAAUCAAUGCAGUGCACCCAGGAAUUGUGAAGACAGGGAUCAUCAGAGAUCACAAAGGCUUUAUCACAGAUUCUCUGUUUUUCAUAGCAUCAAAGCUACUAAAAUCGACCUCUCAGGGAGCAUCAACGACAUGCUACGUAGGACUGAGUAGGAAGACAGAAGGAGUGAGUGGAAAGUACUACGCAGACUGCAACGAGUGUAGCUGCUCAAGCAUGGCAAAUGAUGAAAGUGAAGCACACAACCUAUGGAGGCAGAGCCGUGCAUUGAUCCACAGACGGUUGCGUCUACCAGCUGCUGCUGCCUGAGACUUGGACUUGAGAUGUGUCCUUUUUCUUCUGUAUAACUCUAUACAUAACAGGAACUCAUCUCUCUCUCUCGCUCUCUCUCUGUACAUAUUUUUUUUUACAUAUACGUAUAUAAUGUGUACAAGGCAUUGGCAUUUAGUGGUCAAGUACAAAGUAAUAAAGGAACAGUCAGUAUUGUCCUCCCAA